AUGGGUCGUCUUGCUGGUAAAAACGCCGUCAUUACCGGUGCCGCUGGUGGCAUCGGCCUCGAAACCACCAUCCUCUUCGCCAAAGAAGGUGCCAACGUACUCAUGGCCGACAUUUCUGAGCCCGCUCUGGAAAAGGCCCUGGCCAAGGUCAAGCAGCUCGUUCCCUCUGCCAAGGUUGAAACAAAGAAAUGUGACGUCUCCAAAGAAUCCGAUGUUCAAGCCCUCGUCGAAUCCGUCGACCCCUGGGGCGGCCUCGACAUCAUCUUCAACAACGCCGGCAUCAUGCACGCCAAGGACGACGACGCCGUCAACACCCCCGAAGAGAUCUGGGACCUCACGCAAAACAUCAAUGUCAAGGGCGUGUGGUUCGGCUGCAAGCACGCCGUGCUCUCGCUGCGCCGCCACAAAAAGACCAAGGGCAGCAUCAUCAACACCGCCUCCGUCGUGGCCCUCGUCGGCGCCGCCACGCCCCAGCUCGCCUACACUGCGUCCAAGGGCGCCGUGCUGGCCUUGACGCGCGAGCUGGCCAUGGUCCACGCCCGCGAGGGCUUCAGGUUCAACAGCCUGUGCCCCGCGCCGCUCAACACCCCGCUGCUGCAGGACUGGCUCGGCGAUGACCAGGCCAAGCGUCACCGUCGCGAGGUGCACUUCCCCACGGGUCGCUUCGGCGAGGCUGUCGAGCAGGCCCAUGCCGUCGUGUUCCUGGCCAGUGACGAGGCUAGCUUUGUGAAUGGCCAUGACUUUGUCGUUGACGGCGGCAUGACCAAGGCCUAUGUUACCCCGGAGGGUCCUGCUGCUGCCGCGCCCCAAAACAAUGCUUCCAAGAACUCGUUGGAGUAA